CCCUAACUUCUUUCUCCUAUAACUCUCUCUCUCCUGACUCUAGUAUCAGAAUUCCAAGAAAAAUCCCCAAAUUCCCAAGCUCUUUCCUUUAUUGCUCUAAUUUCUCUUGCUCCUCAAUCUCCAAAAUACCCACAAAAAUUAAUUCGGAAAAAUACCCCAAUAAUCGACAAUCCGGAACGAGAUCAGAGCUGUAUCGUCGUCUGGAAUAUCUGAAAGCUUCGGUCACGAUCACAGAGACGAAUCAAUGGCGCCUGUCUUGACACGAACCGGAAGCGCGCCGCAAUUCUACCUCGAUGACAAGUGGAAGCUGACGAAGAAAGAAAUCGGCGGCGGCGCGUCGAGGAUCACGCGCUCAUCGUCGACGUCGUCGUCGUCCUUCGGCGGCUACAAGAAGAACCCUAAGCAGGGGAAGUGCGCUUUUACGAGGAAGUGCGCUAGACUGGUCAAGGAACAGAGAGCUCGGUUCUACAUCAUGAGGAGAUGCGUAAUCAUGCUUAUCUGUUGGAGAGAUUACUCCGAUGUCUAGAAUCUGGUGGAUGGGUCGCUGUUCGUCUGAUCAAUUUCUCGUCCUUUUUUUGCGUUUUUUCAUCCGGCGAUCUUUUCUGGGCUUUCGAAGAACAGCAACCGCCGAAACCCAGAAUUCGUUUUCCCUCUGUUUCUUUUUUUGGUUCAGAAUCGAAGUAGAUAGAUACACGUGUACAUAAAGGCUUAUAUUCCUCUGUUUAUUUUCCCUCUUUUGUGAUUUGGUUUGGUUUGAGCUCAUGAUUCUCUAACGGAGACAAAACAGAAAGUGAGAGAGAGGGGAAGUAUCUGUUGUGUUGGAGUGAUGAUCAGUUCCAGUGUAAGAACUCGAAGAACAGAAGGAGAAAAAAAUCAAUGGAAUAUAAUAUAAAAUAGCGAAUUAGAUAGAUUCUUUUCC